AUGCCGCCAAAAAGUAAGACAACUUUAACAGAUUCGCAAAAAUACGAACUUUGCCGCCUGUAUGCUCGCGAUAAUAAGAAAUCUCGUACGGAGUAUGUUAAUUGGAUCGAAAAUAAAUGGCAAGUUGAGUCUACCAUAACACGAAUUUUGCAAAGAAGCAACCAGUUACUUUUUGAAGAAGAAAUCAUUGCUCCAAAUGCAAAAAGACACAGAUCGGUUACAUACCCAGAACUCGAACAGCAGCCAUCAGUGCCA